AUCAUGGCUCCCAACAGAGGACACAAUCGUGCCGCCGAAUUUGAUGAAUUCUUGCAGACGGGCGCAAAAGAUUUUGAUCCGGAAGAAGAUAACUACCACUUCUCCGACGACAGUGACGGUCCCUCUGCAUCUGACGCUGCGGACAAUGAAGAUGCCGGCCGCGAACACUAUGCGAGUGUGGGAAAGAGCAGUCUGCGCCGGCCCAAGGAGGUGGCUUUGGGCCCGCAGUAUCGAGGUGCUCGAGUGACGAGGGCGCAUCUGGAGGCUGAUAGCGAGGAUGACGAGGAUGAGGACGACGACGACGACGACGAAGUGGACAGUAAAGAGGACGAAGAUGAGGACGGCGAGCAAGAUACCGACGAGACGGACGUGAGCGAUGGAGAAGCGGCCGCUGAGGAUGCUGGCGCAGCAAUGAAGGAACUUGCAGCAGCCCGACGGGAUGAGCAACGAAAAGCCAUAUCAACCACACUGUCCGAAGCUGGCAAGCUUGAUGCCGAGAAGGGUCGAGCGGUCAAGAAGCAACGGGCAACGUUCGAUGCACAACUGAACGCCCGAAUGAAGCUGCAGAAAGCUCUCGUGGCAACAAACACGCUGGUCGGGAUUCCAGCGCAGCAGCUGGAAACGGAGAAGAAAGAUGCGCAUGAUGCGCUCAACGCAGCUGAGACUGCUGCCUUGAACCUGUGGAAUACCCUUACCACAUUCCGAGAGCAUCUGACCGCUGCGAAGACGGGCACCAAACGCAAGCGCACCUCGCACACAGCCGACACACCCACCGAGCAUCUCUGGUCGCACUUCCAGACCCAGGAAGCUGAAAGCCGCCCGAUUCGUGACACCGUGCUGAAAAAGUGGUCACACAAGACGCAAAGCCAAAUUGCCCAGACCACCCAUGCCGGUCGACUCCAACAACACACGACACCAACCAGCGUCGUCGAUGUCAUCCAACAACAACUCUCCGACCCAACCCGUCUCCUCCAACGCGCACACGCCCCACGAUCAUGCGCCCCGCUUCAAGCCUCGCAAAGAAUUCCCCUGGACGACAAAAUCUACGACGACGCCGAUUUCUACGGCCUGCUCCUCAAAGAACUCUUGGAACAAAAAUCCGCAGACUCGGUCGCCGCGUCGGCGGCCAUCGAUGUCGGAUAUCAGAUGCGCAGGGAGAAUCGCACCAAGAAACAUGUCGAUACGAAAGCGAGCAAGGGUCGCAAGUUGAGAUAUACGGUGCAUGAGAAGUUGCAAAAUUACAUGGCUCCCGAAGAGAAUCCCAGAGCUGGUGGUGGUGGUAGUGUAUGGGGACAGAGACAGGCGGAUGAAUUGUUUUCGAGUCUGUUUGGCCAACGAGUGGCGCUGUUUGAGCAGGAUGAAGAGGAGGAGGGUCUUCAUGAUGAGGAUAACGAGGUGGUGGAUGAUGGCGUGAUGCUGUUUGGCAGGUGAUUCUGUUUUCCCUAUGCUGUUUGGCAGGUGAUUCUUUUUUCCCUACCUAGACAAAGGCAUGAAUGAUCCAUACAUAACUGCUCGAGCCAAGAUCGGAUUUCACUAUACAUCAGCAGACUAAAAGAAAACUGUUGGGUUCUGAUAGAUGAGGAUGAGGAG